UACUCCGUAAUCUAUCUAAAUCAAUCGUUCGUCUCUAUUCAACACAAUUCAAACCCUACUUUUCUCUCUUUAUCCCAUCUCAUCGUUCCUCUCUAUCCAUCUGAAAUCUGGAUCUCAAAAUAUGAACGCUAUUUCUAACUCUUCUACUGAUGUUGUUGAAGACGGCGCUCACGGAAGCGAUUCCGACACGAAUCCUGACGAGGCGCCGGAAUACUAUCAGCCUAUCUCCGCCGUUGACGACGACGAAGUCAGCUCAGAUGACGAUCACGCCUCUGGUUUACACCAACGCCUCACUAACGGCGGGUACCACACGCAAUCCGUGGAAGCAGAGAACGGGAUAGCGUCUCUUGAAAUAAACGACGACCUUGAGGAGGAGGAGGAGGAGGAGAAGAACAGCGAAGACGAGGAGGAAGAGAGGAUGAGGUUGGGUUCGGGUUCGGAUUCGGCAGUUGUGAGGGCUUUCAGAGAAGACGAGAGUCGAAGGAACGCUCCGCUAACGCCGGAGAAUGCGACGCGAGUGAUGGAGGCCAUGCGUGGGGUUUCGUUCGGUGGAGUGGCUCCUGAUUGGGUGGGCCGCGUCCCCGAGGCACAAUGGAUCGAUCGCCUUCGGAGACUCAGACAACCACCCCAUCACAACCCAAGUACAAUUCAGAACUGAGACUCGGGAGAAAAUCUUCUUUGUAUCGGAUUGGAGUUGCUUCUUUUUUCCCCCUUUUCUGCCUCUGAUUUUUGUCAAAGAUUUGAAAGUACGUUGAAUCGUAAUUCAUUGUUUUCAAUCAACUUGAGCAAUAUUUAGUUUUUGGGUGAAUCGGUCUGAAUUGAUAAGCAAAUGUGAUAACAGUGCAUGAUUGUACGGCCGCUGGUGUUCUUGAUUUAGGAACAAGCUCAUUGUAACACUGUGUAUGCAUCAUAUGUUAGUUCGUGCACAUUUUCUGCUAAAAUCUUUUUGCUUGUAGAUUUUCUCUGGGAAGAACGUGAUAUAAAUUUAUCUGCUUAAACAAAAGCAAAGGAGAAACACAAAGUUUCUGAGAUAGAAGUCUGGAAUCAAUGAAGUGAAAUCUUUUGAUUCAAAAAACGGAUCAUGAAGCAAGAAACCCGCAACCUAAUCAAUUUGGAGAGAAUUUUUUUUAACCAAACACUUCAUGAGGUGUAAUCAGUCCGAUUCGGUCCAUAUAUACCUAUAUUAAAUCCAGCUGCCAGGGCCCCAAGAUGAGUUGUUGCGAUUUGGUAUGGCUGAUGAACUCAAGACAUCUGCUGAUCAGAGAACAAGAUUAAUGAUGUCAAUGGAGAGAUUAGGCAAAUCUGGCGACAGAAUUAAGGAAAGUAGAAGAACCGUGCUGGAAACAGAGGAGCUUGGUGUUUCAGUUCCUCAAAGUGAAAGUCUCUGUUGCAUGCUCAUAACACGCUGCAUUGGAGUUUUGACCGCCCUGUCAAGGAGAAUGAGCAGGAACAAGUGGAUAAUUUGGCUCCAUUAAUAUUGCAGUUCUUGUCAUCGCUAUCUUCAUCUUGAUCUUGUAUUUUAAACUUCCUAAAUAGAGAUCACAUUUUCUGCU